GUCCGGGCGGAGCCGGCGGAGAGAGAGGACCCGACACACGGAGACAGAGCGAGAGAGAGAGAUGGCGUCUAACGAAAAUUUCGGGCAAGCUUCCACUCAAAACUACGGGAGCUACAGCGCCCAGCCGGGCCAGGGGGGCUACACACAGCCCCCACCGCAGGGGUACAACCAAGGUUACAGUGGGUACAGCCAGUCCACCGACACCUCUGCCUACACCCAGAGCGGUGGCAGCGGCUACGGCUCGUCUUACAGCCAGGCGCAGACUGGCUACGGGAACCAGCCCGCCUCUCAGGGCUACAGUCAUUCCAGCCAGGGCGGUUACAGCUCAUCCGGAUACGGCAACACCCAGACUCCUCAAAGCUCCUACGGCCAGCAAUCUUCCUACCCCAGCUACGGGCAACAGACUCCGUCCGCAACGUCCUCCAGCAGCGGCUACGGGGGAACGAACUCGCAGGCAGGCAGCUACGGGCACCAGCAGGGCGGCGGUGGUGGUGGAGGAGGUGGAGGCAGCGGCGGUUACGGCCAACAAGGCUCGUACGGACAACAGUCGGGGCCCUACAGCGGGCAGCAGCAAGGGUCGUACAGCGGGCAACAACAAGGGUCCUACAGUGGACAACAACAAGGCUACAGCGGCCAGCAACAAGGCUACAGCCAGCAGCAAGGAUACCAGAGCCAGCAGAGCGGAGGCUACGGGCAGCAAGGCCAAUACAGUGGUGGCGGUGGAUCAGGUGGAGGCGGUUACAACCAGGACUCCAGCCCAGGCGGUGGCUAUGGUAGCCAGGAGUCUGGCGGUGGCGGUGGUGGAGGCUACGGCGGGCAGUCGGACAGCCGGGGCCGAGGCCGUGGCGGUUACAGUCGCGGAGGAGGAGGAGGAGGGGGCGGUGGUGGCGCUGGAGGACCAGGAGGCGGCUUUGAGCGCGGUGGAGGAGGAGGCGAGAGGGGCCGUGGCGGUCGAGGCGGCAGCAGCAGAGGCGGCGGGGGCAUGAGCUGUACAGAGCGAGGUGGAUUCAAUAAGUUCGGUGGACCCAGAGACCAAGGGCCGGGAUCGUCCAACUCUGGAUCCGACCAGGACAACUCUGACAACAACACCAUCUUCGUGCAGGGACUGGGUGAGAGUGUGACUGUGGAGGCUGUUGCCGAAUUCUUCAAGCAGAUCGGCGUGAUCAAGGUGAGAUUUGUGGCCCGUAGUGGCCCUGCCAUCCAUCCCCAUGCACGUGCCCCAGGCAACAGGCCAUUCGGCCCACCUAAGAGUCCCGAAGCAGGGCCGCACACAGUUCAAGAAUAAGGGGUCAGCCAUUUGGGACUGAGAUGAGGAGAAACUUUUCCACCCAGAGAGUUGUGUGAAUCUGUGGCCAUUUGGGACUGAGAUGAGGAGAAACUUUUCCACCCAGAGAGUUGUGUGAAUCUGUGGCCAUUUGGGACUGAGAUGAGGAGAAACGUUUCCACCCAGAGAGUUGGGACUGAGAUGAGGAGAAACUUUUCCACCCAGAGAGUUGUG